AUGGCCAACGGAGGCUGUGGAUGCUGCGGUGGAAAUAACAACAACAGCAGCUACACCGUGUGCUGCUACAGCAGCCCAAGAAGCUGCAAGACACCAAUGUGCUGCUCGCCCAUGCAGUGCUGCUACCCCAGGACCUGCUGCAUGCCCAUGCAGGCCUGCUGCUACACCAUCAGCAGUAACAACAACAACAACGGUGGCUGCUGCAACUGCUGCGGCAACUAA